AUGGCGAUUCCUAGGUAUUUCAGGUGAAUAUUAAGGUUCUAGAGAGAAUUUUUAAUUCUGAAUAGUUUCUGCGGCGAAUAGGAGAAACCAUAGAUUCUCCAAGAUUCAAAUGGAAGAUGUUGAAAUAUUUAGUUGAGGAAAGCAUGUUCAAAUAUUUCAAUAUGGAAGUCAGACUGAUCGAUGCCAGUUUCUGAAAUUUCUUGAAUCUUAGUAUCAGAAUACACGAUUUAGAUAUUUCUAUUUUCACAGCCAUUGGUAAAGUAACCUUGGAUAAAGUAACAACUCGCGACUUACUUUUCUGAACUUCUGAAACAAUUAUUAUUUAAGGAGAUAGGAGUAAAAUUCAUUUCCACGAAGUGGAGGUCGAUCAGUCUGACUUCAGACGGGAAAUUCUGCUCAAUAAUCAAAGUGCAUUAAACGUAAUAACCAAACUGAUUGGAGGGUUAAAACAUUUUUUUUUAUUACGUUCUGUUUUGUUUCUUUUGAAUUCGAACUUGCAGUUGCCAUCGAUUACAAUAUCGACGCUUCCUCUUCUUCCCAAUGACGUUCUGUUUUCGUCAAUUAUCGAGAAUUCGAUCGGAGCGAUCGACACACGCACAAAAAGCAUUCGCAGAAGCAUUCUGUUCGUUCGACAGAAGUCGCAGCAAUGUCAGGACCGAUCGUUAUAGAAAAAUCGCCACAGCAUGCACACACAGAGUAAACGAUAGCGUGCACACUCGUUUGUAUACAUGUACCUUAGUUCAUAGGUGCUCGCCGUAUUCUAGCGAUAGCACAGAAUUGGGUAUAUUUUUUAUCAUCGACAGUUUUUUAAUAAACGACCGUUCACUACUUUGUUUCUCACGCUAAUUUGUUCUCUGCCUGUUUUCAGUUCAGCGUCGAGUGGAAAUUGACGACGAACUUCGCGUCGCAAUUUUGACAAUUUCACGUCGUGAAAUCUUUUACCUUAGAAUUGAGGGAAAGCUGCCUUUUUCUAGAAAUAAGACAAUAUCGUAGUGAAAUUUAGACGUUUUAGAAGCUCGAGAGUUCAAAGUUGGAAAUUGUGACUGAAUCUUUACUGAGUUAAAGCGUUGAGAUCAUAAUUCUAAAACAUAAAGGAUUCGUUGCCUAAAGUUACAAGCUUGCAAUUUGUAGCUCAGUAUUGCAAAUUACAAAUUCCUCCAAAAAUUAGUAUUCCUAUAAUAAAAACUUUCUGGAACAAAUUAAAGGAAGCAGUUGUAGGAAUUUUAAUCAUGGAGGAGCAUAUAUGUGGCUUGCAAAACGGUGAAAAAAAAGAGACGUUUAUACAGAUGUUUCAAAUCAGUGGGAACACGCCGAGGACGAUGAUGUAUUUUGACAGUAUGGCACAAGUGUCUGCCGAGAGAAGAAGACACUCUACUUACAGAUAUUUCUGGAUCAUUCAUCCUUUCAGCAGUUGGAGAUUUUUCUGGGACUUGAUAAUGACAGUGAUAUACCUGGUCGCAUUUCUGUCGAUCCCAUUCUCAGUCUGCUUCAUCGUCAUGAGCCACGAUGAAGUUCUAAUGGAUAAAUUUAACAUUACAAUUUAUACUUUCUGUUGGCUCGACAUAGUAUGCAACUGCUUCACUGGAUAUUACGAUAAGAAGAGCAUGCAGGUGGAAUUGAAUCCCUCGAAGAUAUUCGUAAACUAUCUUAAAACCUUUCUCAUAUUGGACGUCGUCUCGUCAUUGCCAUGGGAUCAUAUAACUUUGCCUUGGCGAACUGUUCCCGGAAGAGAAUCUAACCACAUAGUCGCUUUACUCAAUCUGCUCCCUUGUUUGAAGCUGUCGCGUUAUGGCUACGUCAAUAAACAAAUUUCCGAGCUUUUCACUUAUUUCGAAAUUAUGCACUUCUAUUACGAAAUGUUCGCCACCCUCAUGAUGGGAUUUUACAUAAUGUAUUGGUCUUCGUGUCUGUGUUAUUUGAUUCCGGUGUUGGUUUUGCACUUCAGUAACUCUCCGCCCGACGAGUGUCCCGAAUGUUGGAUGACAGGAUUAGACAGUGACAGCGUAGCCUUCAGGUUCCAAUACGCGCUCUUCAUCGUCGUGGAGAAAUUGUCAGCUAGUGGUUACGGUGGCUACGUGCCACAAACCGACGGCCAUAUCGUACUUAGCUGCGCCCUCAUGCUCAUUGGCAGAGUGCUCGAGUGUUACAUCGCAGGUCUUUACGAUUUUUAUCACUUUUCUACAAAAAAAGAAGUCUACGCGGCCGCGUGUCCUCUACGCUCAGAAUCACGAAAUCCUCGAACAAUGAAAUUGAUUAAAUUUCAAGUGAUGCUGAUUCAAAUAAAGGCGGGAAGGAAGGCGUCGAAAUUGAAAUUCCAGGAAAUAAUCAAUCAAUUAAGCGCGUACACGUGCCAGAAGCAAUUGCCGGCGCACAUGAAGACUCGUCUUCUGGCUUAUUACUAUUACCGCUUUAGAAACAGUUACUUCCGCGAGAAGAACAUUCUGUACAAUCUGUCAGAGCAACUACGUCAGGAGAUUGCCUUUCAAUCGAGCCACCGUUUGGUUCAGAACGUAGCGAUAUUCAAGGAAUUGCCCAAAUCCGUUUUGCGGUCGAUCGUGAAGAAUUUGAAGUUCGAACUUUAUCUGCCGAACGACGUGAUCGUGAAGGCUGGAACCUACGGCGAUUGUAUGUUCUUCCUGUCUGCCGGAACCGUCGCUGUUCUAACACCCACUGGGAAAGAGAUCUGUCACCUGGAUGACGGAGCCCAUUUCGGAGAGAUAGCGCUUCUAGUUCCCGACCAGAGGAGAGUCGCCAGCGUGAUCGCGAUCGAGGUGUGCGAGGUGUAUCGUUUGGAUCGUAAAGAUUUUCGGAAAUGCAUCGCCGUGCACACGGAGUUAUUCGCCAAGAUCGAGAGGAUCGCGGCCGAGAGGAUCGAGAGAGCUGUGGUCAUCGAAGAACAGCAUAAACGUUAUCUCAUGCGAAACACUGUGCCAGCUGACCGGAAAUUCUUGGAAUGA